UGUUUACAUCGAAAUUUUUCACGUGUAAGAUCACAAUGAAGUAAAAUAUUUAUUUCUUAAUUAAACAGAUUUAUUGAUUACACGUCAAUAAUAAGUAAUUAAUAAAAACACAAAUAAGUUAGUCAUAGUGAUUAUAAAAAUAUUGAUCAGUAUUUUAUUUUCUAAUUAAAUAGUUAGGUAAUUAAUAAGUUGUAAAAAAAUGGAUAAAGAAAAAAAAAGUCUAGAUAAAUCACUACCUAGUACAUCUUCAAGUCCAUCAUUAUCAACUAAUCGUUUGAUGUCAUUCCUUGGACCACGUAAUUUAUUACUUGAGGGUAAAGGUAAUAUUAAAUUACAACGUGGUGCUAUCAAUAAAAAUGUUCCUAAACCAAACUUAAAUGUUCAACGUAAUAAAAGAGCUGAGGAUGGUACAGUAGUACCAAGUGAACCUGCCAAAGCAAAAGGUAGAGGUAGAGGUAGAGGACGAGGUCAGGGCUCAAAUGAUCGUGGUAGAGGUCGAGGAAAACCCAACAAUAUUGUCCAAUCUACUGGAAUAUUUUCAGAAGGGAUACAUAUUGAUCCACGUUCUGCUGGAAGAUAUAGCUCUGGUGGUGGAGGUGGUGGCGGUGGAGGAGGAGGAGGAGGAGGAGGUGGUGGUAGUAGAGAACACAUAGAAAAACCUUUACUUAAACUGGAUUAUGUAUAUGAUAAAGAAGCUGAAGAAAAAACUUUGGAUUUACUUUUAAAAGAUGAUUUUAUUGAUGACGGUGACGAUGAUAUUCGUAUGGAAGAUGCACCAAUUGCAUUACCAUUAAUUAAAGAUAGAAAAGCAAUUCAGUCAGUGAAGAAAAUAAAAACAGAAAUAAAAACCGAAGUAGAAAGUGAGGAUGAAGAUAAAAACUUCAUGAACCCGAUGGCUAUUGAUAAUGAACCUGAAGAAGAAAGAGACAUUAAACCAACGAUAUUAGAAAACGGUGUUGCUGUACCACCGCCUGAAUUAAAAGCAAAACCUGCUAAAAAACUAAUUCCACCGCCGGACGGUGACACAAAUCAAGCUACAGUACAGCAAAUUAUUGAUAAAAACGGAUUCAUCAUGUUAAGAUUUCCAGACUGUCUGCCGGGAUUCCCUAGCAAUGAUGACGAUAUCGGUGGUCCAUCAACUCAAGCACCCAAAACUAAGGCUGUCACCAGUGGUGCCAGCGGAUCAGCGGAUAAAAUUGAUGAAGCAAACUUUUGUACUCUGAAAGAUUUGAAACCUGGUCCAAUAGGUAAAUUGCAAAUACUUAGAUCAGGAAAAGCUAGACUUAUACUCGGUGAGAACAAUCUAGUCGUUGAUGUUGGGUCACAUAUUGGUUUCAGACAGGAUGUCAUUGCUGCUAAAAUCGAAGAAAAUAGCAAAGAACUAAUAAACUUAGGAGCGGUUAACAGUACACUUAUAUGUACACCAGACUUUGAAAAUAUGCUGAAUCGACUAAAUAUUAAAAUGUAAUUAAAAAUGUUGUUUUAUAAUUUGAUAUUAAUGGAUAAAUAAAAUAAAUAAUAAAUAGUUUUGUUUAAA